AUGGCGACUCCCGCAUCCAACGCCGCAAGAGACGGCGACGACGGCGGCGGCGGCUCGGAUCGGGUGGAUAGUCGCUGCGGCGGCGGCGGCGUUCGUGCGGGCACGGGGAGGAGCAGGAGCGCUAGCGCAAGCGGGAACGGAAGCGGAGAGGGGAGUAGGAGCGGGGGAAGUAGCAGCGGCGGAGGCGCGGAAGAUGAGGAUGAGAAGAGCGGCGCGGAGGGGUCGAAUGGUAACUCCGCGUCACCGGCCGCGCCGCAAGCUCACAAGAGGCACAAGGACUCCGCCAACGGCGCGCAAACCCCGCCGCUCGCCCGCGCAAGCGCGGGUGCUCACAACGAGAGAGAAUCAGCUGUGACUAGGGAGGGGUCCCGACUUAGAGGGGGCGGGGAUCGGGGGGAGAAGAGUGAAAGAGCGGAGAGAGCGGAGCGAGCGGAGCGGGGGGAAAGGGGAGAAAAGCUGGAACGAGCGGGGAGCGCGGCGAAUGUAGCGGUUGGCAAAACCGCAUCGGAAAAAGCGGGUGGGGCGGCGGCGGCGGCGCAGGGAGAGGGGAACAGCAUCGCGAGUCGCGCGGGCACUCGCGUCCCGAGUACCAGUAAUGCGUCGCACGCGUCCCACGAGGGAGAGCCGGACGUCGCACACAGGCAGUCGCAGCAUCCCGCGAACCUUAGGCGGAGGCACGCCGCGGCGGGGACGGGCGGGGACGGCGCGUCAGGAUCGGGCGCGCACGGAGGAGCGAACGGGAUCGCGGCUGGCGGAACAGGCGGAACGGGCGCGGGCGCUGGGACCCGCGCUGCCGCUGCCGCAGCGGCGGCGGCGGCGGCGGCGGCGGCGGCUGCGCAAGGGAACGAGGAGUUGAGAGACGGUCGCGGCGGGGCACGCGCCGCAUUAGACGGAAACAUUCCUUUCCCUCGGCUCGACCUCUAUCUCUCCCCCUAUUUCUCCCCUCCCUCUUUGCCCCCAGCACUUCCCCCCCCGCCCCGCCCCCCUCUGCUCUCUGGCUGCCCGCCUCCUCCCCGGUGCAUGGCUGACAGGCGUGAGUCGGGAACGGUACGAGGUCCGCGAGAGAAAGUGCACCAAGAAG